AUGAAGUUUUCAAUCUUUACCUUAACAGUCAUGGGACCUGGAAUCACCCCGCUCUUCGUGCCCAACAAGCUCAUACAAGCAUUCCUCAAACAAGCCGACGUUGUCUGCUGCGGCGUGGAUCCCUGCUUCAUCGGGUGUUUAGCAAAGGAUGUAUAUCACACAUAA